CUUGGCCUCUGCCAGCCAGGCCCUGGCCCCGGUUUCCGCGAUACAGGGAGUGCCCAUCAGCUCGCGGUCACACCUGUUAGGUGUUUCUCCGCUCCUGCCUCCGCGCGAGCAAACGCCUCCUGCACCACUGGGGACCUGGGUGCAGAGCGCGGGGGAAGGGGGCGGAGAAGCAGGGCCCGGCCUUCUCCUCCUGCGGACCCCGCGGGAUCUGCUCGGAGGGUGGAGCGGGGAGGGGGCACUGCGAGGCGGGAGAGGGUUGAGACAGGCGGAGAGGGGCAUGGGGAGGGCCCGUGGAAGGGGUGUCACUGCUCGCUUCACGCUUCAAGAGGCUGCAGCAGAGGCGGCGGGGCUGAGCCGCGGAGGAGACGGGGUUUGUAGCAGCCUCCGCAUUUCUCCUUGCAGCCCCAGCGCCACCGCCCCUCGCCGGGCCGCGGCGCGCGUUAGGCCGCGCAAAGUGAGCGCGGGCGCCGGCCGGCUGCACCUCACCCGGGACCGGAGGGCAGAGCGCGGUGGGGCCGCGGCGGGGGUACUGCGCGAGCCGGGCGGCCCGCGCGUCUCCGGGGCGCACCAGCUGCGGCUGCCACCGGGCCGCGGCCGGGACGGAGCACCCUGCGCGCCCCCCGGGGGCCGGCAGCGGCCGGGAGGCGGCGCGGGGCUCGGCUCCUCCGCCCCGCAGCUCCGCGCACCCUGCAGCAGCGGCGGCGGCGGCGACGGCGCGGGCUCGGGCGCCCGGGCACCCUCCGAGCCCAUGGCGGGCAGCGAUGCGGGCGGCGAGGGUCGGGCGCACAGAAGCGGCGCCGCGCGGCGUCCGGGGGCCCCCGGCGGGCGGGGAGGCGAGGCUGCCGCCAGCAACCCGGGGCCGCUGUCCACUGCUGAAGCGCCGGCGGACGGCGCUGCGCUGCCCGCCUGGAUGCGCCUCUACUUCUACGGGAUGCACGGGAUCACCCUGGACGUGCUCGUGUCCGCGGCUCGGCGCUUCGCUAGCAGCCCGGACCUCCGGAUGCUGGGCUUCUCCUCGCCCUACCGCUGCCUGCUGCACUCGCUCACCCACUUCGCCCUGGAGAAGGUCUACCUGCAGCAGCGGCGCUGCCCCAGCGCCUUCCUCUUCAAUUUUCUCCUCUACCCCUCGGCCCACGUGGCGCUGCAGACCCUGGCGGGCCAGGCGCUGCUGCUCGGCCUGCGCAGCGGACCGCGGGGUGCGGCGGCGCCGGGGACACUGGACCUAGCGCUGCAGUAUGUGCUGGCUCUCUACCACUGCCAUGUGUUCCUGAAGCGCUUCCUGCGCUUGCGGUACCGGCGGCAGCCAGAGCAGCGGCAGCAGCCGCAGCAUCGGCCCGGCGCGCCCCCCGCCCCUCUGGGCGCCCGGGCCCCUGUGGUUGCAGGUGGCCGGAGGCGACUACCCCGAGACACUCGGGGCGUCGGAGGAGCCUCCGGUCAGGGGCUGCCGGACCUGCCCCGCUUUCUUUUCUUCGGAAUGCACGGCUUUUUGGAUGAGAUCUUCUUCACUUUCUUCUUUAACUUACUGGGGCAGGGAGACGGGGCCACCAGCGGCCACACGUCGCUCUGGUCCUUCUUUAUUUAUGGCAGCUGCAGUUUUGUGGUGGAAAAGCUCUACUUCCACCUGCACCGCAGUCGUGGCUGGAGCGCUUGGAAGCGGGUGCCCAUCUACGUGGUCUUCGUCUAUGUGUGGGAGUUGUCCUGGGGUCUGGGACUCCGCAUGUGCGGUGCUUGUUCCUGGGACUAUUCUCACUACCCGCUCAAUUUCAUGGGCCUCAUCACCCUGAUGUAUUUACCUGGUUGGAUAUUUCUUAGUGUGUACCAGGACCUACUCUCCAACGUGUUGUGGCGGGUGCAGUACCUACCGACCAAAUAAGACAAAACAAAACAAAACAAAACAAAACAAAACAAAACAAAAGUCACUGGAUUCCCACGAAGCAAUUCGAUUUCCUUUUACACGUUUAAAACGGAGUGGGUUUUUUUAGCCUUUUAAUUUUUAUACGUUUUACUAAAUUCUUACAAUAGGUUUUAUUGGACCCUUUAGUUUUUAUGACACUUUGGAACCUAUGCAUAAUAAUACAAUAUUUCAAAAUACUGCUCAAGACAUAAAGUACUUGUCAAUAUUGAAAACCCCUUACAAGCCCAAGCAGUAAAACCAUCAUACCUUAACUUCAGAACCUGUAGUAUGUUCACUUUUGGGGGCGUAGGUGGGUGAUAACUACUAAUUUUUUUUUCUUUUUAAGUGAGGAGGUUAUUCAGAUCAGAAAUCAGUGAUCUUUACAAGAUUUGGCGAAAUUUUCUGAUUUAAUGGUUUGUUUACUUUCUUUUUAAUCCAAUUUCAUUUUAAUUCCUUGCCAUACUUACCAAUCACUGCUGAAACUCAGUAUCUUGUACUUCUAAAACUACAGUUAAUAGCUCUUAAAGUGCCUCCCUCUACUACACAAGUGAAAAAGAAACUGACAAAUGUGAAAACACAUCCUAUGGAUACAGUUUUAAACUCAGACAGGUGACACUGUGUUAAGAUAUUUGAUCUCCAUCCUGGAAAUGAUUGUUUUCCAAUGUGGAUUAGCCUUAAAUGCCAAGUGUGUUAACAUUGAUUAGAUUUUAUGUUAUCUAUGGCUGUAAAUUUUUGUUGUAAAAUGUUUACCUUGUAUGCCCAAAGUCCAAGCAAAGUUAUACCACUCAUUAGUGUUCUAACCCUAAGGACUUUUGCUACAUGGAGCUUCAAGAAUAGAAACGAUUCCUUGGAAUAAAAUGAACCUAAAUGUUCAUUA